UUCGGGGUGGCCGCGCGGCCUGCUCCUCCCGCUCGGCCUCCGAGGCCGCAUGGCUUCGGCUUCCGUUCCGCUCGCGGGCCGCGGGGUCAGGGACCUGCUGCGCUUCCUGCGGUUGGUGGGCCAGCUCAAGAGAGUCCCACGGACUGGCUGGGUAUACAGAAAUGUCGAGAGGCCAGAGAGUGUGUCAGAUCACAUGUACAGGAUGGCAGUUAUGGCUCUGGUGACCAAAGAUGAGCAUCUCAACAAAGACCGAUGUGUGCGCCUAGCCCUGGUUCACGAUAUGGCAGAAUGCAUCGUGGGGGACAUAGCACCAGCAGAUAACAUCCCCAAAGAAGAAAAACAUAGGCGAGAAGAGGAAGCUAUGAAGCAGCUCACCCGGCUCCUCCCAGAGGACCUCAGAAAGGAGCUCUAUGAACUUUGGGAAAUUGGCAACUGGACCCGGCGGCUGGAUCAGACUCAGUUUGAUCCUUUUGUCAAAACUGUAGAUGAUGUUGGAUUCUUUCACCGAGAGGAGUACGAGACCCAGUCUAGUGCAGAAGCCAGAUUUGUGAAGCAGUUAGACCAGUGUGAGAUGAUUCUUCAGGCGUCUGAGUAUGAAGACCUUGAGAACAAACCUGGGAGACUGCAGGACUUCUAUGAUUCCACGGCAGCAUCUAAAAAGACAAUUGUGGGAUUCGUGGUGAGAGGCAGCCUGGUGCAUGAGAGCAUUGCCGCCCUGGAGUUGGAGCGCCAGGUUGACAUUCUGCUUCUGCCACCUGCUAACACCCCACUACCUCGGCCCUAGACAAGACCUCAUUAUUUCUCCAUCAGACUGUUGUUACAACCUCCUAACUUAACCUGCCAGGCUGGCUAGUUCAUCCCGCACGUCUCAUUUUUUUCCUUCUUUGUAGAUCUAGGUAUCAUCACGUCUUUGUUUUAAAAACUUUUGUGGCUUUCCUCUUCCUAAAGAAUAAAAUCCUGACACUUUUGAGUGGCCUGAAAAUCUCUCCCGUCUAAGGCCACUCAUCUCUCUGGUCUCCUUUCCUAACCUUGCUUCCUAACCUAACCUAACCUGUCCAAAUUAAGCAUUCUUUGGUCUAGAGCUUGCCAUAGUACUGUCACUAUCUGACUUGCAUUCUCCUGAGUGAUGUUCCUCUCUAAUGGGUUCUCUUCCCAAAACCCCAUUUGCUCACCCUACCAAAUAGUAAGCUGUCUGAGGACCAAGACCAGCUUUGUCUCGUCCAUCUUUGAUAGGUAUAGGCAGUGGUCAGAAAUGUUUAACGUUAGUUAAAGAGAAUAACAUUGUAAAUCAGAGGUCCGCAAACUAUGGCCCGUGGGCCAAAUUGGCCUGCUGCCUGUUUGUGUAAAUAAAGUUUUAUUGAAAUGGCGACGCCCAUUCUUUGUGCAUCGCUCUGCUGCUUUUUCACUACGACAGCAGAGUUGAGUAGUUGCAACAGAGACCAUAUAACUCACGAAGCCUAAGAUAUUUACUAUCUGCCUCUUUACGGAAAAGUUUUGCCAACCCAUGUUAUAAGCAAUGACUGGGUUCUGAGAUAGCAUAUUUCACUUAAAAUGUAAGUUUAUGUGGUUCUUUGUACUAUUAUCUUCUACCUUGAUACAUUUACAAUGAAAAAUAGAAAAUGAAACAUGAAAAUAGUAGUAGGAUAAAAAACAUGGGAGCUGGAAGGGUCAUCUAGUUUAAACUACACAUUUUAUUGAAGAAGAAACUGAAGCCCAGAAAGAUGGUGACUUGCCCAUAGCUGAGUUGAAAUUAAAAUUCACCGCACUUUCUACUCUGGUGCACUGCUUCUGUUAAGAAAUUAAUAAAUAAAAAUAAUAUAACUGAUGUAGGAAGUCAUUUCUCACUUAUCUCAAUAACUAAUGCCUGAAGGAAAAAGAAGAAACAAGUUUAAUUAGAGGUGAAGAUGUGGACUGUGACCGUAAUGAGGAUUUUGAAGGGGACUUUGGGCUUUGGUUUGAUAGCACUUAUAUUCUUAUUUCUCUGAUUCAGUCAUAACUUGAUGUUCUCUUUUUCUUUCUUUUCUUUUGGACACCUUGUGUGUUGAGGAACAGCAUGGAGGCCAGUGUGGCUAGUGGGGGUAGAUGAGAGGAGAGGGUGGGAAAUAAGCGCAGAGAAGUGGGCUGAGGCCCAUAUGGCCUUGAGGGCUGCGCAGGACAUUGGCUUGUGCCUGCGUGAGAUGAGGAGUCCUUGGAGGAUGUGGAGCACAGAACCGAUGUGAUCUGACUUGUGUUUUGAAAAUGUCACUAGGGUUGGAAGCAGGGAACCAGUUGGGGGCUAUGGCAGUUUCACAGCGAGAAAGAUGGUGGUUUGGACCAGGGUGGUAGUGGUAGAGGAAGUAAGAAGUGGUCAGAUUCUGGAUGUAUUUUGAAUGAGGAAUCCAAGGAUUUUGGCUUGGGCAACUGGAAGAAUGGAGUUGCCAUUAGUUGGGGAAGACAGGGGAAGAAUUGAUUUGGGGGAAGAAAAUCAGGGGUCCCAGAAGCUGAAGGAAGAAAGUGUUUCAAGAGGGAAGGAGUAGCCAUCAGAUUUAGCAGCAUGGAGCUGAGUGGUGUCCUCAGUAAGAGCAGUUUUGGUGGAACAGUGGUAGUAAAAGCCUGAUUGAAGUGUGUUCAAGAGAUGAUGAGAGCAAAGGAUUGAGAGACAGUGAGUAUAAACUAUCCUUUUGAGAAUUUGCUUAAAGGGCAGCAGAUAAGUGGGGCUGUAAGCUAGAGAGGGAUGCAUGGUCAAGUGAGGGUGGGUUUGUUAAGAUGGAAUUUAAAAGAGCUUGUUUAUAUGCUGAUAGAAAUAGUCAGAGAAAGAAAGGGGAAAGAAUUGCUGAGUUGGAAUGUAAUGCACAAGUGGAGAGGUGAGUGGGGGCAGUUCAUCCUCAGUAACAAUUAUUAGUAGUGAUGAAUUCCAGGGUGUGCCUGUGGGAGGAGUGACUGAGGUGGGGGCACAGAGAGAGCAUUUCUAUAGGAGAGGAGGUGACAGAAUGGAGAGGCCGGAUUAUUGGAAGGAUCAUAUAUGUGAGCAUUGAAAUCAAGAAUUAACAGUGGGUGGCGUUAAAGAGAAUUGACGAUGAACUUGAAGCUAGAAUUUUCCAGGCAUGAAGACUUGAGGUUCUAAGAUGUUUAUAACCAGGAGGGGCAGUGAGUGGUUAAAGGGGUUCUGGUCACCCAAUUUCCAACACAGGGUUGGGGGGGUCCCUCUACAUUACCAAGCAUUCUCAGACACCAGCUGGGUGUCCUACAAUCCAACUAAAGUCUGACACUAUCUACCGGGAGAUGGCCUCAGAUGCCACCCAGGCCCACAAGACUGCUCUCCACUUCACAUGCCAGUUUGCAAACCCAGGUUGUCACAUGUGUAUGUUAAAGGUUCCAACGGCCCCGUCCUUUGGUCACAAGUUAAGGGCUCAGUCCCACAAGACUACCACCCCCUGCCCAACACACACACACACACACACACACACACACACACUUCAUAUGCCCAUUGCAAGUCCAGGUUGCCACUUACUCUUCUGACCUAAUGGCUAUAAACCAGAGGUUCCCAGGACCCCCUCCUUGGGUUCCACUAAUUUGCCAGAGCAGCUCACAGAACUCACGGAAACGUUUUGCUUAACUGAAUUACCAGUUUAUUAUAAAAGGAUGUAACUCAGGAACAGCCAGAUGGAAGAGAUGCACAGGGCAAGGUAUGGGGAAACGGCAUGGACCUUCCAUGCCCUCUCCAAGCGCCACUCUCCUCAAACUUCCACGUGUUCACUAACAGGAAGCUCUCCAAACCCAGUCCUUUUGGGGUUUUAUGGAGUUUUCAUUACUGAGACAUGAUUGAUUAAAAUCGUUGGUCAUUGGCAAGUUUCAGCCUCCAGCUCGUUUGCCCUCCCCAGAGGUCAACGGGUGGGACUGAAAAGUCCAGCCCACCAAUCUUGGGGUUGGUUCCUCUGGCAACCACUCCUAGGGGCAUUCCAAAAGUCACCUCAUGAACAUGGCAAAAGACACCUUUAUUGCUCUCACCACAUAGGAAAUUCCAAGGUUUUAGAAGCUCUGUGCUAAAAUGCAGACUAAGACCAAAUAUAUAUUUCUUAUUAAGACUCCCAGUGUCACAGUGGUAUAGUCUGACAGCAUGACCUUUACUGAGUGGGGCAGAGGGUGGCCUGGAAGCAGUGAAGAGCAUGGCAGACAGGCCCAGGCCUGGUGGUGAGAGCUAUGUGAGAGAGAAAACAGCCACCACGUGAGAGGGCUGCAGGGAAACUAUCCUCAUGACAAGCCGGGUGUCAGGGCGAGAAAGUGAAGGAAGAUUCAGAGAAGAGGGUGAGCUUGGGAACGAAAUGGAAUAGAGUUUACUGUGGAAUGAACAGUAAGCCACAAAAGCCUGGCAAGAACAGACAGUCAGGCAAGACAUGCGGGUUUAACAGUCCCGGUGCCAGCCACCAGCCACCUAAGACAGCAGCACAGAUCUGCCGGUUUCAGUGUAAAGGUGUUUGCAAGAGAUGUUUGCCUUCCUGUUUGCCUCCUAGGAGAGCCGAGACCCCAGGUCUUCCUGCUGGUCUUUUCAUAUGUAGGUGCUUUGUUCCCCUUGUUUAGCUGCAAGUUUGGCAUGGGCAGGGAGGUCGUCAGCAAUCUGGGUCUGUCCUACCUGAGUUUCCCGGUAAAUUCCUGGUAGAGGCAUUCAGGGACUGCCUGGCGGAAUUUCCCCCAGCGCUGCCUAAUCGACAGUUCCUUACUCAGUGGCAUCUGGGGUGACAGAGAAUAGGCUCCCAGUGGUCCCCUUGGGCCCCUCUCUAGGACCUGGGCUUUUGUUCUUCUGCGUUGGAGUAGAGUGUGGGUUAGAUCCCAGAAUCAAGCCCCUGACACGCCCUGUGAUCAAGCUAGGGAAACGGACGUAUUCUCUUGUUACCACACAACAUUGGGGGUCUCUUGCCCGAUGUGCAUAAAAAAUGCUAAUUAUUACAGCGUCAGCUUUUGGGAAAAGAAAUGUGGCUUUAUUUUGUGAGAUCAGUCGGCAAGGAGACAGGAGCAUGCGCCCUCAGAUCUGUCUCCCUGAUCCAGGGCUUGGGGCACAAUUGAUGGGCUGAAGGGCAGAGUGGUCUGAAGUGUGGAGAUAGACGAUUGGAAGUAAGAAGUGAGGUAACUGUUGAUCUGUGCAAGCAUAUAGUCAAGCUUCAUUCCGCUUCAUAGGACACACGGUCACAAAACGGCCGUGUCACUGUGGUCUGAGGGUGGAGUUUUUAGCUCCUUGACUCCAGAAAGGUCAUUUAUCAAGCAUUUGCACAGGCCCAGUUGAUGGGUUGGUGGCCUCAACUGGCCUGAACUGGACAAGGGGUCUCAGUUCCUGAAAGACAACUCUUAAUUACUCUGUUGAUAAGAUGGGGUCAGUUGAACUGGUCCGGGAGGGCCUGCGGUUUACAUUGUCAGUGUCUUUUCCCCUGUCUUUUGCU